UUGUGCAUCUUCGAUCCUACAUGGUGACUCUCCGUGUGUCCCUAACACCAUUAAUUCAUUUUGAUUUAUCUUUUCUUCUCUGAAGCGUCUCAUCUGGCUGCGCUUGGCUCUAUUUUCCGGACAUUCUGGACGCGUUUACGCAGUAGCCAUAGGGUUCCACCUCCGAUCCAGGAGAAACAGAGACCCUCCUCUGAGCCCUUCCUCCCUCCUCACCCCAACCUCCUCCUCCUCCUCCUCCUCCUUGGCCAUUGCGCGCACUCCUCAUAAGACAAGUCAAUGCAGCAGAGAGAGGAGUGCAAGCAUCUGCUGCAAACAUUUGCUCCAAUUUUUUGGGCAUAAAAGACAAUUUAAAAGAAGGGCAGCUCACAUCUUAUUUUCCAAAUUACACUCAUCUAAAAACUUCUGGAAAACGGAGACUGCUGACCUACAUUGGAGCCGCAGCCAUGGUCUGGUGCGCAUCUGGCUCAGUUCUUGGAGUUUUGUGCGUCGCGCUGCUGGCUCUAUGGGGUGCACACGCGCAACACGCUGCAGAGUGUUUCCCCGGAGGCCAUCAGGUUCUUCGUAACCCUCGCCGCAGCGUUUACUUCGACUCCAAGGAGAUCCAGAACACGGCCAUCCAGGACUUGAUCUGUGACCACACGCUGUCACCCAACUGGUACAGAUUCCAGAUCAACAACAAGCCAGCGGAGAUGCCGACCACCUGUGUUGAGAUGAACCACUGUGGGACCCAGGCUCCGGUGUGGCUCUCACUAAAGGACACCUCCCUGCCGCGACCUGGCGAGGCCCGCCAGCUCUUCGCCUGCGCCACCUGGCAGUUCUUUCAAGGCAGUGCCAAAGACUGUUGCCUGUUCCGCAUCCCAAUCACUGUGAGGAACUGCGGCAACUUCAUGGUCUACUACCUGCAGCCGACCCAGGGCUGCAUGGGGUACUGCGCAAAAGCUGGUUCUGGUUUGAAAUCAAGACACUGCCAACCAGGGGAAUUGGAAAUCAACGGACAAUGCAAAGCUGCCGUCCCAUCCCUGCCCUCUCGGCCAGUGAUCACCGCUGAGCUCAUCGGCCACAGCGUGCACCUCAGGUGCUCUUUCAUCCCGCCGUCGUGGAACCAGUUGCUUGGCUUCCAGGUGGUUUGGGCCAGCCACAUUGGCCAGAGCAUGAAGGCUGAAAUCCGGCAGGAAUCUACGCUGAAGCCAUCCUCUUUGGUGGAGAUGGACGGUGUGCACUUCAGGCUCGGGGAAACAUUCUCCUGCAGAGUGUCAACUUUUAGAGUGAACGCCAGCUACUCCAGAUCUGUCUCGAAAGAAAGUGAAAGUUUCUAUGCCGGACUGAAGUUUUAUCCGGACUCCCUCCACAUCGCAGAAAACAGUGAGGAGCAUGAGGUGACAAUCCACAGCACGGUACCCAUCCCCUGUCUUCACCUGGACUUUGGUCAGAGGUGUGGACUCCCUUUGACUUUAAGUGUUCAAGACCCAGACAGUCUUGGACAUAUGGUCUCAAAUGUGGUGCUGUCCGCCUGCCAGGUGGAGAUUCAGCCUAAAACCUGCAGCCAAGGAAGCUGCGGCAGCACAAGGUUCUUUGUCACUGCCGUCACUGACUUUACACGGGACGGGAACCGCCACAGCCUGGUCAGCGUCUUACCUGGACCUGGUGCACCCCGACUCUGGAGAAGCUACCUCCCAACAUCCUUUAAAGUCAGGGUCCAGGACAUUCCCACUUCUAUGUGUCACUCUUUGACUGACCCACAUGUUAUUUCAUUUGAUGGCAGGCGUUACGAGAACCACCAGACAGGAACCUUCGUCCUCUACCGAAGCCCGGUGAGACAGUUCGAGGUCCAUUCUCGGCAGUGGGACUGCGGUAGCCGACACUAUUCUGUCGCUUGCAACUGCGGUGUGGCAGCAAAGGAGGGGAACGACGUAGCCACCAUUGAUAUGUGCAACGGUCAGCUGAAGGAAACCCGGCCGCAAAUUAGUCUGAGGAACCUCAAUGAGGAGGGUAGUCGGGUUAGAGUGCUUGAAUCUCAGCAAGGGAAGAAGGUCACCUUUGUCUUUCCAUCGGGGGCAUUCAUCAGAGCCGACGUGCAUGAUUGGGGUUUGAGUUUAUCAGUCCGAGCACCCAGCGUCGACUUUGGCAAAACUCAAGGUCUUUGUGGAACCUUUGACCACAAUGGAAACAACGACUUCCAGGGGUCAGAUGGCACCAUCUAUGGCCCUGAUGACCUGCAUCGAUUCAUAGAAGACUGGAGGAUAGCUCCUGGUGAGAGUUUAUUUGACAAAACUCCUCCUGGGACAAUUCAAGAGUUUAGGAGACCUUUCUGUCAGUGCCAGAGAGAUCACGGUGUCUCUCAACAUGCCAGCAGGGAGACAACCGACCCCCACUCUGACUGUGUCGCAUUUGAUAAUGUGGAUUACACAUCUGUGUUUCCCUCUUUGGACACGACAGUGGAAUAUAUUAGGAGUCCAGAGGAAGACGAAAACAUUCUGAACAUGUCUGCCUUCGGGGUCCAUCCUCAGCCCCUUUGGCUGCACAGCCAGAGCAACCAAAAUGAUAACAGGGAUUUGGAACUAGCUGGUGAGUUCAGGGAGGAUUUUUUGCUUUCCGUUGACAAACCAAAGCAGCGGGAUUCACUUGAUAUCCGUCCCAUUUUUGGCCUCACUCAAGUUGAUCUCGAGAGCUUUGCUUACUUUUUCCCCGAGGACCAUCAGGUAGAACCUCGGCCUCUACCACAACCCCAGUGGCCCACUCCAAGCGGCACAACCUCGUCCAAAGCCUUAGAGCUGUGUCAUAUGGCUUUGGCCAACUGCACUGUCGGUACAGUGUGCAAAGAGCUCUUGGGACGCAAUCUUGAUGAAGCGGUAGCUCUCUGCAUGAUAGACCUGCAGCUCAAAGAUGACCUGAGUUGGGAUGACGCCCUACAGCCAUACUUGGAGAACGAAUGUGAGAGGCGGCUGUUCCAAAACCGCACCUACAGGUCCACGGACUUGAUAAACUCACUUAGUGCUCCUGUUGAAGUAAUCAUGGCCCUGCGCUGCCCUAACUUUUGCAACGGAAACGGGGAGUGUACAGAGUGGGGCUGCAAGUGUUACCCCAACUACAGCAACCAUGACUGUAGCCUUGCCAUCAAUGAACCGACCCAGUUAACUGAUUUGGAGUAUGGUGGACUAUGUGACUUCCGAGUCUUCGACUGCCGGAGCGUUCGGGUUUUUGGCCUCGGCUUCAUUGAUUCCCCCAACCUGAGUUGCUACGCUACUCAACUGAAGUACAUAAACAACGUUUGGCUUCCAGGAGAUAAACAGAGGACAAAAGCUACCUUCGUCAGUGCCAACGUGGUGGACUGCGCCGUUCCAUCACUGAGCAACACCGCCGUCAAUACCGAAGAGCUGAUGGACGAUAAGCCUUACGCACGCUGGGAUAUUGAGGUGUCAAAUGAUGGCUCCCAUUUUAGCCAAUCCAAGGUUCUGACCAUCUUUGAUGGUGUCUGCCAAGUGUGCGAGGCAUCACGCUCAGGACUCUGUAAGUUAAAGGUGGACACCAACAACUACUUUCCGUUUGUCAAGCAGGAAGGGACAUGCAGCAUCGACGGAAUGUGCUUCGCAGCCGGAGAAGCCAACCCCAGCAGCCCUUGCCUAUUCUGUGACCCCAACUCGUCCAAGUUCACUUGGUCUCUAAACCAUGUCAACCAGCCGCCAUCCUUCCACAGACCCCAAGGCAGCUUGAGAACAUUUGCCGGAGAGAAUUUUAUCUUCCAGUUUGCAGCGUCGGACCCUGAAGGCUCUGAGCUCCUCUUUCAGCUAAAGGAAGGCCCAAAGGGGGCUGUGCUCUCCCCCGCAGGCCUCCUUAUCUGGAGGGUGCCGCUGCUUGUAGAGGGUUUCGGAACAAGACGCACCUUCCGAUUCACGUUGUCGGAUGAGUGUAACGCCCAGAGCAGCUUCCCUGUGGAGAUUGAGGUGGUACCAUGUGGUUGUCUGAAUGGCGGCACGUGCGUGACGGACGUCAACUUUCCCGCCGGCAGCGGGAAAUAUCUGUGCAUCUGUCCUGAAGGGAGGAACGGCGUUCUCUGCGGCGGAAAUGACUGCUCGCUAGCGCCGUGUGCUGCCGGCAGAUGCAUCGCCGCCGCCAGUGGGGGGGUAUCGGUGCGUUUGUCCUGCAGGACUGCGAGGUUCCACUUGUUUGGAGGACGUCAACGAGGUGAGAGGAACCCCUGUUUUCCAGGAGUCCAGUGCUUCAACAGCUUCGGCUCCUACAGCUGCGGUUUGUGUCCCAAAGGCAUGCUGGGUAAUGGGACGACUUGUAAUGCAGUCUAUGGAGCAACCACCGUCUCCCCUAAACCUGCUCCUCGCACAAGUGUUUACAAGUCCGAUGUUCAACUGACAACCCCCAGAAGGACUGACGCUUUCCAGAAAACUUCAGACAGUUCCACGCACGGCGAGGCAAAACAACAAAAGCUACCUGCAGCAAGUGACUCAAAGUUCCCCUCUUCACUAGAGAGGAUUUCGGUAAUCAACUCAGGCCGCAAAAUCACCACCAACCAUGUGGUGUCAGGUCAGCAGGAACCCAACAGUGGUGCUGAAAAAAAUUCCACUGUAACAUUGGGAAAUAUCGGUAAAACAGAAGGAUCUGCUCCGGUUCUGGAAGUCAACACAUCGGCCACGUGCGCCAGCAGGCCGUGCUUCCCCGGAGUCCAGUGCAUCAAUCGCAGACCGCCGCACGUCGGCUACGUCUGCGGACGCUGCCCACCUGGACUAUACGGGAACGGUCGGAUCUGUAUGAAGACCCCCAAGGAAGCAUCAAGUCUUCUCCUUCAGCAGCAAACCUUAUCCAAGCCCAGUCGGUCCCCUUACAGAGGCAGCAGUCAAGUGUCCAAGCUCCACCUACCUAGCCUCCCAGUAAGACACAGCUACAAGCACCUGUCCUCACCUGUAACCAGAGCGCAGAGAGAAAAUCCUCUGCAUGUGGAAGUGGUGUCGCAGAGAGGGGCUGGGACUGGGAGGAGGGAGGCGGUCACUAUUACUAAAGAUAAUCCAAGGACAUCUACUAGCGUCCAUAAUUUCAGAUCGAUCAUCGUAGAGAACACAAGAUCUAGAAUCAGUACUCAGACAAAGGUGGACUCUGAGUCAAAAGGAACACCAACUGGAGCGAAACUUCAUGAGAUGACUCCGUCCAGACAGGUUUAUCCGAUUGCAAAGCCCCAACAGAACCCACAACCACAGCUCAACUACCAAGUCAUCACCCGUGCCAAACCGUGGACCCCGUCCAAACCUCUUACUGCAGCCCUUACAGCUCUGUCCUACUCUCUGUCUGAGUCUGACUUCUCUGCAGACGGAGAGGAAACAGAGUCCAUAUCAGAAGAUGAGGUGGUGCAGAGGACAAAACUGAUCCUAACAACUCAACAGAAAGCAACCAAAAACUCCACACCACAACAAACCAGGUUCAGGAGCAGCACCUCAGCUUCCAAACAGCCAAUGAGCUGUGCCAAGAGGCUGUGUUUUCCCGGUGUCCAGUGCGAACCGACCAUAGAUGGAGGCUCCCAGUGUGGGAGAUGUCCUGUAGGAUAUACUGGUGAUGGACAAAACUGUCAAGGUAUUUGCAGACACGCAUGUGGACGGAACAUGGAAUGCGCUGCACCCAACACGUGUCGCUGCAAAUCCGGCUACACUGGGUCAAACUGUCAGACCGCGAUUUGUGAUCCAGAAUGCGUGAAUGGCGGUGUUUGCAUUGCUCCAGAUGUCUGUCAGUGCCCCAGAGGUUUCCAGGGAGAGACUUGUCAGGAAGCUUUGUGCAGGUUACCAUGUGAAAACGGAGGCAGCUGUGUGGGAAUGCAGACCUGUUCCUGUCAGUAUGGCUUUGUUGGUUCUCAUUGUGAAACAAUGGUGUGUAGCCGUCACUGCCACAAUGGAGGUCGAUGUGUGUCCCCAGAUGAAUGUUUAUGUCGGCCCGGCUGGACGGGACCAACCUGCAAGACCGCUCUGUGCUCCCCCGUCUGUCUGAACGGAGGUUUGUGCGUUCGUCCAAACAUCUGCGAGUGUCCUCGCGGUUUCUACGGGGCUCAGUGUCAAAAUGCUGUCUGCAGUCCACCGUGUAAAAAUGGAGGGAUAUGUAUAAGGAACAACAUCUGCUCAUGUUUGCGGGGAUACACAGAAAGCCGCUGUGAGAAAAGUGUGUGUGAGCCCAGCUGCAUGAACGGCGGCAGGUGUGUCAGUCCAGGUGUUUGCGACUGCCCAUCUGGCUGGCACGGUAACAGAUGUGAGAAACCCAGCUGUCUCCAGAAGUGCCUGAAUGGAGGGGAAUGUGUCGGUUCAAACACCUGCCACUGUUCGCCCGGGUGGCACGGCACGCUCUGUCAGAUUCCUCACUGUGACCAAAAGUGCCUGUAUGGAAGUCGCUGCAUCCGGCCGAACGUCUGCGCCUGCAGAAGCGGGUACUCGGGGACCCUGUGCUCCAAGAAGCUACCUAUCCCGAGGGGCUGAUCAUCCAACAGUCAACCGACGUCCUGCCAACAUAAAGCUGGACUUAGGGUUUAUCCAACGCUGAGCUACUCUAAAUCCAGCUCUCUAAUGUUUGUCCAACGCCUAGCUAAGGUUCAUCCAUGACCCAACUGAGGUUCAUCCAACGUUUGUCUAAUGUUCAUUCAACCCAGCUAAGGUUCAUCUGAUGCCCAACUUAGGUUUAUCCAGCGCCCAUCCAAUGUUCAUUCAUUGCCUAGAUAGGAUUAAUCUGACGCCCGACUAAUGUUCAUCCAAAGCCCAGCCAAGGAUCUUCCAACAUACAACUAUGGUUUGUUCCAAGGUUUACCCAACACCUAGCUAAAGUUCAUCCAGAAUCUAGCAAACAUGAAGAGGAGCAGUAGCAUUCAAUCAAGGCUCGCUCUGGCUUUUUAUCUACCAAAGUGUACAACUGGUUUUCCUUUUAGUAUCCAUUUGAAAUAUGUUCAGUUUCUAGUGUAAAUAUCUCUGUGUUCAGUGUUUUCACCUCAAACUCAAACGUUACUCUGCAUAUUUAUUUAUUUGGUUGUCUUAUGUAUUUCCUGUUGUAUAUAUUUUUUAACACCAUCUGUUGUUUUAUCAACACGUUGUUUACUGGCUGUUUUGGAGGAAAAUAAAUGUCGAGUUAAAAUUU